AUGGGAUAUGGGCUACAAUCAAAGGUUAACUUUCGAAUAGCUGCAGAAGCAGAUACUAUUGAUUUUGAAGAUGUGAUUGCUGAGCCAGAGGGAACACACAGCUUUGAUGGGAUUUGGAAGGCCAGUUUUACCACCUUCACUGUAAUGAAGUACUGGUUUUAUCGCUUACUGACAGCUAUCUUUGGCAUUCCUAUGGCUGUCAUCUGGGGCAUCUACUUUGCCAUUUUGUCAUUCCUGCACAUCUGGGUGGUGGUGCCAUGCAUAAGGAGCUACCUGAUUGAGAUCCAGUGCAUUAGUCGUGUCUAUUCCAUCGGCGUCCACACGUUCUGCGACCCCCUGUUUGAGGCCAUAGGCAAAAUGUUCAGCCACAUCCGAGCCACAGUACGGAAGGAGAUUUGA